UCAUUUAUCAAUUUUUCACCCCUGCCGAUGAAGUCGUAUUCAUUUCCAUCUCACUUUGGAAUACCGCUCUUUGGGCCAAUGAUCUCCUUGUUCUUUCAUGGAUUGCCAUCGUCAUUACUGCUUCCCAUUUCAAACAGAAAUAUCCACCUCAUAGUAAUGGCGAUAGAUUUUUUACCCACUUUCCAUUUUCUCUUUACCAUUCUUGGAUUGCUGUUGUCUUUAUUUUAAGCACAUUUGUCGCAUUCACUCCUGAAAAGCUACCAGACGAAGCUCCAAGUGUUUAG